AUGGGCUGUGGGGAAGCAGAGAGGCAGCAAGGAGGCAGAGAGGCAGCAAGGAGGCAGAGAGGCAGCAAGGAGGCAGAGAGGCAGCAAGGAGGCAGAGAGGCAGCAAGGAGGCAGAGAGGCAGCGAGGAGGCAGAGAGGCAGCGAGGAGGCAGAGAGGCAGCGAGGAGGCAGAGAGGCAGCGAGGAGGCAGAGAGGCAGCGAGGAGGCAGAGAGGCAGCAAGGAGGCAGAGAGGCAGCGAGGAGGCAGAGAGGCAGCGAGGAGGCAGAGAGGCAGCGAGGAGGCAGAGAGGCAGCGAGGAGGCAGAGAGGCAGCGAGGAGGCAGAGAGGCAGCGGGAGGCAGAGAGGCAGCGAGGAGGCAGAGAGGCAGCGAGGAGGCAGAGAGGCAGCGAGGAGGCAGAGAGGCAGCGAGGAGGCAGAGAGGCAGCGAGGAGGCAGAGAGGCAGCGAGGAGGCAGAGAGGCAGCGAGGAGGCAGAGAGGCAGCGAGGAGGCAGAGAGGCAGCGAGGAGGCAGAGAGGCAGCGAGGAGGCAGAGAGGCAGCGAGGAGGCAGAGAGGCAGCGAGGAGGCAGAGAGGCAGCGAGGAGGCAGAGAGGCAGCGAGGAGGCAGAGAGGCAGCGAGGAGGCAGAGAGGCAGCGAGGAGGCAGAGAGGCAGCGAGGAGGCAGAGAGGCAGCGAGGAGGCAGAGAGGCAGCGAGGAGGCAGAGAGGCAGCGAGGAGGCAGAGAGGCAGCGAGGAGGCAGAGAGGCAGCGAGGAGGCAGAGAGGCAGCGAGGAGGCAGAGAGGCAGCGAGGAGGCAGAGAGGCAGCGAGGAGGCAGAGAGGCAGCGAGGAGGCAGAGAGGCAGCGAGGAGGCAGAGAGGCAGCGAGGAGGCAGAGAGGCAGCGAGGAGGCAGAGAGGCAGCGAGGAGGCAGAGAGGCAGCGAGGAGGCAGAGAGGCAGCGAGGAGGCAGAGAGGCAGCGAGGAGGCAGAGAGGCAGCGAGGAGGCAGAGAGGCAGCGAGGAGGCAGAGAGGCAGCGAGGAGGCAGAGAGGCAGCGAGGAGGCAGAGAGGCAGCGAGGAGGCAGAGAGGCAGCGAGGAGGCAGAGAGGCAGCGAGGAGGCAGAGAGGCAGCGAGGAGGCAGAGAGGCAGCGAGGAGGCAGAGAGGCAGCGAGGAGGCAGAGAGGCAGCGAGGAGGCAGAGAGGCAGCGAGGAGGCAGAGAGGCAGCGAGGAGGCAGAGAGGCAGCGAGGAGGCAGAGAGGCAGCGAGGAGGCAGAGAGGCAGCGAGGAGGCAGAGAGGCAGCGAGGAGGCAGAGAGGCAGCGAGGAGGCAGAGAGGCAGCGAGGAGGCAGAGAGGCAGCGAGGAGGCAGAGAGGCAGCGAGGAGGCAGAGAGGCAGCGAGGAGGCAGAGAGGCAGCGAGGAGGCAGAGAGGCAGCGAGGAGGCAGAGAGGCAGCGAGGAGGCAGAGAGGCAGCGAGGAGGCAGAGAGGCAGCGAGGAGGCAGAGAGGCAGCGAGGAGGCAGAGAGGCAGCGAGGAGGCAGAGAGGCAGCGAGGAGGCAGAGAGGCAGCGAGGAGGCAGAGAGGCAGCGAGGAGGCAGAGAGGCAGCGAGGAGGCAGAGAGGCAGCGAGGAGGCAGAGAGGCAGCGAGGAGGCAGAGAGGCAGCGAGGAGGCAGAGAGGCAGCGAGGAGGCAGAGAGGCAGCGAGGAGGCAGAGAGGCAGCGAGGAGGCAGAGAGGCAGCGAGGAGGCAGAGAGGCAGCGAGGAGGCAGAGAGGCAGCGAGGAGGCAGAGAGGCAGCGAGGAGGCAGAGAGGCAGCGAGGAGGCAGAGAGGCAGCGAGGAGGCAGAGAGGCAGCGAGGAGGCAGAGAGGCAGCGAGGAGGCAGAGAGGCAGCGAGGAGGCAGAGAGGCAGCGAGGAGGCAGAGAGGCAGCGAGGAGGCAGAGAGGCAGCGAGGAGGCAGAGAGGCAGCGAGGAGGCAGAGAGGCAGCGAGGAGGCAGAGAGGCAGCGAGGAGGCAGAGAGGCAGCGAGGAGGCAGAGAGGCAGCGAGGAGGCAGAGAGGCAGCGAGGAGGCAGAGAGGCAGCGAGGAGGCAGAGAGGCAGCGAGGAGGCAGAGAGGCAGCGAGGAGGCAGAGAGGCAGCGAGGAGGCAGAGAGGCAGCGAGGAGGCAGGCGAGAGAGGCAGAGAGGCAGCGAGGAGGCAGAGAGGCAGCGAGGAGGCAGAGAGGCAGCGAGGAGGCAGAGAGGCAGCGAGGAGGCAGAGAGGCAGCGAGGAGGCAGAGAGGCAGCGAGGAGGCAGAGAGGCAGCGAGGAGGCAGAGAGGCAGCGAGGAGGCAGAGAGGCAGCGAGGAGGCAGAGAGGCAGCGAGGAGGCAGAGAGGCAGCGAGGAGGCAGAGAGGCAGCGAGGAGGCAGAGAGGCAGCGAGGAGGCAGAGAGGCAGCGAGGAGGCAGAGAGGCAAGCGAGGAGGCAGAGAGGCAGCGAGGAGGCAGAGAGGCAGCGAGGAGGCAGAGAGGCAGCGAGGAGGCAGAGAGGCAGCGAGGAGGCAGAGAGGCAGCGAGGAGGCAGAGAGGCAGCGAGGAGGCAGAGAGGCAACGAGGAGGCAGAGAGGCAGCGAGGAGGCAGAGAGGCAGCGAGGAGGCAGAGAGGCAGCGAGGAGGCAGAGAGGCAGCGAGGAGGCAGAGAGGCAACAGGGAAGCAGAGAGGCACAGGGAAGCAGAGAGGCAGCGAGGAGGCAGAGAGGCAGCGAGGAGGCAGAGAGGCAGCGAGGAGGCAGAGAGGCAGCGAGGAGGCAGAGAGGCAGCGAGGAGGCAGAGAGGCAGCGAGGAGGCAGAGAGGCAGAGAGGCAGCGAGGAGGCAGAGAGGCAGCGAGGAGGCAGAGAGGCAGCGAGGAGGCAGAGAGGCAGCGAGGAGGCAGAGAGGCAGCGAGGAGGCAGAGAGGCAGCGAGGAGGCAGAGAGGCAGCGAGGAGGCAGAGAGGCAGCGAGGAGGCAGAGAGGCAGCGAGGAGGCAGAGAGGCAGCGAGGAGGCAGAGAGGCAGCGAGGAGGCAGAGAGGCAGCGAGGAGGCAGAGAGGCAGCGAGGAGGCAGAGAGGCAGCGAGGAGGCAGAGAGGCAGCGAGGAGGCAGAGAGGCAGCGAGGAGGCAGAGAGGCAGCGAGGAGGCAGAGAGGCAACAGGGAAGCAGAGAGGCAACAGGGAAGCAGAGAGGCAACAGGGAAGCAGAGAGGCAACAGGGAAGCAGAGAGGCAACAGGGAAGCAGAGAGGCAACAGGGAAGCAGAGAGGCAACAGGGAAGCAGAGAGGCAACAGGGAAGCAGAGAGGCAACAGGGAAGCAGAGAGGCAACAGGGAAGCAGAGAGGCAACAGGGAAGCAGAGAGGCAACAGGGAAGCAGAGAGGCAACAGGGAAGCAGAGAGGCAACAGGGAAGCAGAGAGGCAACAGGGAAGCAGAGAGGCAACAGGGAAGCAGAGAGGCAACAGGGAAGCAGAGAGGCAACAGGGAAGCAGAGAGGCAACAGGGAAGCAGAGAGGCAACAGGGAAGCAGAGAGGCAACAGGGAAGCAGAGAGGCAACAGGGAAGCAGAGAGGCAACAGGGAAGCAGAGAGGCAACAGGGAAGCAGAGAGGCAACAGGGAAGCAGAGAGGCAACAGGGAAGCAGAGAGGCAACAGGGAAGCAGAGAGGCAACAGGGAAGCAGAGAGGCAACAGGGAAGCAGAGAGGCAACAGGGAAGCAGAGAGGCAACAGGGAAGCAGAGAGGCAACAGGGAAGCAGAGAGGCAACAGGGAAGCAGAGAGGCAACAGGGAAGCAGAGAGGCAACAGGGAAGCAGAGAGGCAACAGGGAAGCAGAGAGGCAACAGGGAAGCAGAGAGGCAACAGGGAAGCAGAGAGGCAACAGGGAAGCAGAGAGGCAACAGGGAAGCAGAGAGGCAACAGGGAAGCAGAGAGGCAACAGGGAAGCAGAGAGGCAACAGGGAAGCAGAGAGGCAACAGGGAAGCAGAGAGGCAACAGGGAAGCAGAGAGGCAACAGGGAAGCAGAGAGGCAACAGGGAAGCAGAGAGGCAACAGGGAAGCAGAGAGGCAACAGGGAAGCAGAGAGGCAACAGGGAAGCAGAGAGGCAACAGGGAAGCAGAGAGGCAACAGGGAAGCAGAGAGGCAACAGGGAAGCAGAGAGGCAACAGGGAAGCAGAGAGGCAACAGGGAAGCAGAGAGGCAACAGGGAAGCAGAGAGGCAACAGGGAAGCAGAGAGGCAACAGGGAAGCAGAGAGGCAACAGGGAAGCAGAGAGGCAACAGGGAAGCAGAGAGGCAACAGGGAAGCAGAGAGGCAACAGGGAAGCAGAGAGGCAACAGGGAAGCAGAGAGGCAACAGGGAAGCAGAGAGGCAACAGGGAAGCAGAGAGGCAACAGGGAAGCAGAGAGGCAACAGGGAAGCAGAGAGGCAACAGGGAAGCAGAGAGGCAACAGGGAAGCAGAGAGGCAACAGGGAAGCAGAGAGGCAACAGGGAAGCAGAGAGGCAACAGGGAAGCAGAGAGGCAACAGGGAAGCAGAGAGGCAACAGGGAAGCAGAGAGGCAACAGGGAAGCAGAGAGGCAACAGGGAAGCAGAGAGGCAACAGGGAAGCAGAGAGGCAACAGGGAAGCAGAGAGGCAACAGGGAAGCAGAGGAGCAGAGAGAGCCGAGCAGGGAGAGCAGAGAGAACGAAGGGAAGCAGGGAGCGGCGGGGCAGAAGGGGAAGCAGAGGGAUAG